AUGCCAAGUUUCCAUAACUCCACUUUGCCAACUUUCCUCUUGACUGGCAUCCCUGGACUUGAAUGGGCCCACACUUGGAUCUCCAUCCCAUUCUGCUGCCUUUAUUUGACUGCCCUCUCUGGAAAUACUUUGAUCCUGUUCAUAGUCCUCACUGAGCCAAGCCUCCACGAGCCAAUGUACUACUUCCUGUCCAUGUUGUCCACCACCGACAUUGGCUUAUGCAUCUCAACACUGGUGACAGUACUGGGAAUCUUCUGGGUCAAUGCCCGGGAAAUCAGCUUCAAUGCUUGCUUAUCACAGAUGUUCUUCAUUCACCUCUUCACUUUCAUGGAAUCUUCGGUGCUCCUGGCUAUGGCCUUUGAUCGUUUUGUGGCCAUUUCUAACCCCCUGAGAUAUGCUACCAUUCUAACGCACACAAGGAUUGGACAGAUUGGUCUAGCAGUCAUCACCAGGGGGACAGUCAUUCUGACACCACUAGUCCUGCUUCUUAAACGUCUAUCAUUCUGCCAUAGUCAUGAGCUCCAUCACUCCUACUGCUUCCACCCUGAUGUGAUGAAACUCUCGUGUUCAGAUACAAAGAUCAAUAGUGUAUUUGGACUAACUGCAAUUAUCUCUACUGCUGGGGUGGACUCUGUCUUUAUCCUGCUUUCCUAUGUCUUGAUCAUUCACUCGGUUCUCAACAUUGCAUCCCCAGAGGAGAGGAAGAAGGCCUUCAGCACCUGCAUUUCUCAUAUCACUGCUGUGGCCAUAUUCUACAUCCCUUUGAUCAGCCUGUCUUUUGUUCACAGAUUUGGAAAACAUGCUCCAUCCUAUGUGCCCACACUCAUUGCUAAUGUAUACUUGCUCAUCCCUCCUGUGAUGAAUCCCAUCAUCUAUAGUGUAAAAACAAAGCCAAUUCAAAAAGCUAUGCUCAAACUUUUAUGUUUCAAGGGAACACAUCUUUAA